AUGGACCCCAAGGUCUCGGAGUUGCCAAGGGCCGCCUCCAACGAUGCCAUGCUAUCCGAGCUAACCCCACGUCCAGCGACUGACAAACCCCCAAACAAACCACGGCAGAAGACCGCCAACAGUAGGCGACAGAAGACUUUCACGGGCUGCUGGACAUGUCGCGAACGUCAUGUCAGAUGUGACGAACAGCGACCGGCGUGCCGGCGCUGCGUUGCUGGCAAGUUCGCAUGUCAGGGAUACGGCACGCGACUGACGUGGCUCUCGUCCACGGGACAAGGAACACCAAAGAGUAGUGGCCGUCGCCGGUCGCGGACGAAGGCCAGCCCUUCGUCACAGAACUUAACACAAUUUCCGAGUCAAGAGAUGUCUCCAGCUAUCGAUGUUCAACAGAUCGGCUCGUUCCCGGCUUCUCGGUCUUGCGAGUGGCGCCAUGGGGUGGAAUACUUGGGGCAAGCUGACGGAAGCACUGCGGCGAUGAAUCAACUGUCUCGAGAUGUUCGAUCUUCCGGACUGGUAACGGGAACUCCUCAGGAAAGAUAUGCUACUCAGUGUGACUCAUUCGGCGCUUCCAAUCAAUGGGACACAAUGCUCAUGGGUAGCCCGACAAGGCCAGUGGAAGCAUUAUCAAAUCCUGCCAGAGAACGAGAACUCAUCAGCCACUGGGCGACGAACCUCGCCCACAAGCUGAUUCCGAUCCGCAGUCCAGCAAACCCGUUCUUAACCGUUGUAUCGCCCAUAGCCCUCGAGGGAAGCCGCCUCGCCAACACGAGAUCGACCUCGACCGUCGCCCUCUUCCACGCCGUCUGCGCCAUCUCCGCAGCCCACCAGGCGAACCUUAGAGGCACCCACUCACACAGCAGCUACACUGAUCUGAUGCUCCGUCACAAACAGCUGAGCUUCCACCACCUCAUGCAAAACAUGAGCCGCAGAGACCACGACGAGCGAAUGGCGAGCUUGGCCACCCUCUGCCUAUGGAUCCUCACUCACUUCAUCACCGGCACCGCAGGCGCCUGGCGUGAGGUCAUUAAGGUGACCCGCAACCUCCUCGACGACACGAGUAUGCAGACGUGGAGACAGUCAAAUACCGCUGCACUGACGUAUGAGUCUUUCUCCUCUGCCUUUGCCACGGUCCUUGCCCAGUACCUCGGACGACUUGACGCUCCCGUGCCGCUGAAGACGGGAGGACCUCGACCAACUGGAACUCGAAUUCGCCUUGUCUACGCCCGAGCCGUCCGUGGACUACGACACCGGCAAUGCGGACUCGGCUAUGGUACACCAUCACCGGUCAUUAUUUUACUAUGCGUGCCUGCUCUAUUUCAAGGGUAA